AUGACGUCCGAACAGAAGCCCAAGGUCAAGCUCUACUGGCUUGAACAGUCCAGAGCACAGAACAUCCUGUGGCUCCUCGAGGAGCUCAAGGUCGACUACGAGGUCGAGGUCUUCCAUCGGAACAAGCAGACCCUCCUGGCGCCCCCCGAGCUCGCCAAGAUCCAUCCCUUGGGCAAGUCGCCCGUGAUUGACAUCUUCCCCACCGGCUCUGGCGAGUCCAUCACGCUGGCCGAGAGCGGCUACAUGACCCAGUACCUGUGCGAGCACUUUGGCCAGGACACCAACCUCAUUCCCAAGAAGUGGAAGGAUGGCCAGGAGGGGAAGCUGGGCGGCGAGACGGAGGGGUACUCGAGGUGCCAGUACCUCCUUCACUACGUCGAGGGAAGUCUGCUGCCUGUCCUGACUCUGUCGCUUGUCAUUGGAGCCCUCAAAUCCGACAACGUGCCCUUCUUCGUGCGCCCCAUCACUUCGGUGGUCGCCAACAAGAUCUUCAGCAUGAUGGUCUUCCCCAACGCCAAGAAGCACCUUGCCCUGAUCGACCAGAUGCUCGAGACGUCGCCCAACGGCGGCAAGUACCUCUGCGGCGAGCACCUGUCGGCCGCCGACAUCCUCCUCAGCUUCGCCCUCAUCGCGGCGGAGCCCCGUUUCGACACGCUGGGCAGCUGGCCCGGCGGUUCCGCCCGGGCAGCGCACCCGCGCGUGUUUGAGUACAUUGACCGGCUCAAGAAGGAGCCCGGGUAUGAGCGCUCGGCGCAGAAGAUCCGAGAAAUCGACGGCAAGUUUGAGGCCACCAUCUCCAAGAUGUAG